CAUCGCGACUUCAGUCGCGCCGCAGCCUCUCUGCCGGCUCACAGCUUCGUUCCGGUCUUUAUCUCAAAGCGUUUCUCUCUCUUUCUCCCUGUCGUGAGAAGGAGGAGGAGGAGAAGGAGGAGAAGGAGGAGGAGGAGGAGAAGGAGAAGGCGCCUCCAAAGCGUGGUCUCUUAUUAAAAUAUGACGAUUUGAGUUUUCCCUCGGAAACCCGCGAGUACACGCGCGCACCGUUGAAAUCGCCCGGUGUGAAACGACCGAGACGAUGAUGUUUAAGUUGAUUGUGUCUUGUGCACUUCUCUACCUGUUCCAUCUUCGGCCCAGCGAAGCCGGCGCGACUGCCAAUCGAGGGUACGUAUUCACCGCGCCAAGGAGAUUCCUGGCCGGCGAGACCGAGAGCGGCUGCUUGUCGCUGCACAAUCUCGAGCCGCCGGCGCACGUUGUCCUGGAGUUGCUGUCCCCGGCACCGACCGCGGGUCCGGAGGACGAGGUGCUGACCAGGACGAGCAGCGUCAUCAAAACAGGGAUAGAGACAUGUCUGGAGCUGGCGGUACCGUUCACAAAAUACUUCAACGCACGAUUGCGAUUGAAGAUAAAGUUCGACAAGUAUCCCGAUUACGUCGUGGAAACGGAAAAGGAAGUUUAUAUCGAGCAUGAUUCUCUAAUCACAUUUGUCGAGACAGACAAGCCGGUCUAUAAACCCGGACAAGAUGUGAAUAUUAGAAUCCUUAUGCUCAAGCACGACUUGAAGCCAUGGAAGAAAACGAUACCAAAGGUAUGGAUCGAAAAUCCGUCGGAGGUGCGAGUGGCGCAGUGGACCAACGUCAGUACCGAAAAUGGAAUGGCGCAAUUGAAAUUCGCUCUAUCGCCGGAACCAAGUCCGGGUGCCUGGAAAAUUAAAGUGGAAAAGAGAAGAUCGCAGCCGCAGCUGAUCCACACGACCGUAUUCGAGGUGAAGAAAUACGUCCUUCCGAGAUUCCAAGUGACCAUCACUUCACCGGGGUACAUCCUCGCGGAUGCGGAGAACGUCACGUGGAACAUAUGCGCGAAAUACAGUUAUGGCAAACCGGUCAAGGGCAAAUUACUCUUAAAAUCGACGCCUCAAAUACCGACAUGGAGACGGAAGCCCAAUCUCCCGGAAAUACAUUACGAAACGGAAUUGGAUUCGCCGGAUGGCUGCACCGAAUUUGUGCUGUCGGGCGCGGUGCUCGGGCUCGCUCAAUGGAAAGUAGCUCCGAACAAUAUCGUCCUCAUAGCUAACUUUACCGAGACCGGUACCGGCAUAGUGGAGACAACGAUUAGUCGCACCGUGGUCGUCCAUCAGGCCCUAAAGCUGGAGUUCUUACCAUACACCCCAAAGUACUUUAAACUAGGCUUACCGUAUCACGGAAAGUUGCGAGUCUCGCGGCACGAUGAUACACCGGCACCGCAUGAGAAGAUUCAACUGUGCGUGCGAGUACGUGGUAAAGACGAGUGGCUUCGCGUGGUAGUCGAAUGCCGUAACUUUACAUCAUCGUCCGACGGUUUCGUCGACUUCGUCGUACCACCGCCGCACAGGAACAUCGUCCUGCUGAGCUUCGUCGCGACCGGCGUCGACUAUCCCACCAAAUACUAUUCGCCAGACACGCGUUGGCGAGUAUUCAUGGAUCAACCAUCAGCGCAUAUCGAGGUGAACCCUUGGUACUCACCGUCGGACAGCUAUUUGGCAGUGGCCCGGGGCUAUCAACCGAUCGUAUGCGGUGAAAAGUACUCGUUCAACGUCAUGUACACGGUACCGGCGAAAAGUAAAGCCAACGAGUCCAUUUCCUUCCAUUACUCGAUCAAUUCUAAGGGAGACCUGUUGAUAUACGGUCACGUGAAACAUCGACCGACGAGAGACACGGUCUUGAAUUAUUCGGAAUUCCGGAAUCUGUUGGGCGCCGUCGAACCGGGAAACAAGACAGAUCAGGGUACCAUUGCUCACAGAUUUCCUCUCAGUGUCAAGAUCACCCCGUCAAUGGCACCAGUCUCCGAACUGUUGUUGUACUACGUUCGUUCGGAUGGCGAGAUCGUCGCUACCACGUAUUCAAUUAAAGUGGGACACUGCUUUGAAAAUAAGGUGAAGACCGCCUGGCACACUGAUGCCCAGACCCCGGGGACGGCUACUCAGUACCACGUGGAAGCCGCCCCCUGGUCUCUCUGCGGCAUCUCGGCGGUCGACAAGUCGACUCGUUUCUUAGCGGGAGCCAAAGCCAACCUGAUCGACGCCGAUCAGACUUUCGCUCAGCUGAAGAGGUUCCAUAUCGAGCCAGAACCGCGUCCUAUUUGGACGUGGACUCAUUGCAAAGUUACAACGCAGGAAGAACCAACUGACAUGGAAUUCGAUCAUUUGCCACUUCCCGCUUUUGAAGAAUCUCCCGUAUGGGCGCGUAAGAGGAGACGAACGGUGAUGUACAACGGCGGACUUGUGAACUACGUAGACGCCAUACAAGCGUUCGAUGAGUUCGGGGCCGUCGUGAUGAGCGAUCUGAUACUCGAAACACGGCCGUGCCUUCAACUUCGCAAGGGCAGAGGUAGGAGCAUGGGCAUGGGUAUUAGAGGUCCAAUUCCUUUCCUCGCAGCAUCGGCAGAGAUGGAAACGGAUGGAAUGUUUAAAAUACCGAAGACAUUGCCCAUGGCGUAUCCAUUAUUAAACAAUAUCAUGGGUCCCGAGCAAGGAUAUGUAGAUCAAGUACCCGAUCAACCUGCUAUCAGAUCCUACUUCCCCGAAACAUGGCUGUGGGAAUUAGUCCCGACAGGAAAAGAGGGCAAGGUGACGGUAGAACGUACUCUACCUCACACCAUUACCGAUUGGAUCGGAUAUACCGCAUGUAUUUCACCUACGCAUGGUCUCGGAAUAGCACCACCGACAACCAUUACGGGAUUCCAACCGUUUUUCCUCGAUUACAGCUUGCCAUACAACGUAAAACGCGGAGAAAUGUUACGCAUGAAAGUUUCUUUGUUCAAUUACAUGCAACACAGUUUACCGGUCAAGAUUAAAUUGGAAGAUGCAACGGGGCUUGAUUUGCAUCUGUCACAUGCAGUUGCUUCAUUCUGCGUAAAACCACGAGACAGCGUGGUGCACGAGUACAUUCUCAGACCUCGAGUUCUUGGCGAAGUUAAUAUUACAGUUUCCGCCUCAAUCGAUUCAGAUUACGCUGAACCAUGCGGCCCGGAAGUGCUCGUGUAUACACGAGACGUAAUUGUAAAGCCGAUACUAGUGUUGCCGGAGGGCUUCCCCGUAGAAACGACGAAAUCCGCGUUUAUCUGCCCGAAGGACUUCACCGACGAUUCCACCAUAACUUGGAAUCUCGAUCUACCCGACGAUCUGGUGCCGGAAAGCGCGACUGCAUACGUAUCGUUGAUAGGCGAUAUCCUGGGCCCGGUCUUCGAGAAUCUGGACAAGCUCGUCCGUUUGCCGAUGGGAUGCGGCGAGCAAAAUAUGAUUCUCUUUGUUCCCAACAUCCACGUGAUCGGCUACUUGGACGCGAUUGGAGUCGAAAAUCCGGAGCUGAGAGCAAAAGCGAUCAGAAAUAUGGAGAAAGGAUACCAGCGCGAAUUAAUAUACAGACAUCCGGACGGUUCGUAUUCCGCAUUCGGUCCAGAAAGCUCGGAGGACGGCAGUUCGAUUUGGCUCACCGCCUUCGUGAUCAAGUCCUUCGCACAGGCGAAGAACAUUAUUCACGUCGACGAACGAGAUCUUAAAAUUUCCGUAAAAUGGAUGGUGAAAAAGCAAUUGGAGAACGGAUGCUUCCCUGUGAUCGGCAGAGUAUUCCACAAGGACAUGAAGGGCGGUUUGCAAGACGACGACAAUUCUUCCUCGGCACUGACGGCUUACAUACUAAUCUCGCUGUUAGAAUCGGGUGUACCGUUAACAGCGUCGCUCAUUAACAACGCUCUACAUUGCCUGGAGAAAGGAAUGGAAGACGACGGCGGUGCGACGUACACGGCAGCUGUAUCCACUUACGCUUUAACGUUAUUAGAGCAUCCGAAAGCGAACAACAGCAUGAGAAUGCUCAUGAAACGUGCAACGCGGAACAAUGAUCUCCUCUGGUGGGAGGAUAAACAUAAACCGUCGCUGGGAUUGAGCAUCGAAAUGACGGCGUAUGCUGUGCUGUCGUUGGUGAAACUCGGCGGCGAAAUGAACAUGGUCGAGGCGUUGAAGGCAAUCCGGUGGAUGUCGAAGCAACGUAACGCGCAGGGUGGCUUCACGUCCACGCAGGAUACGGUGCUCGGUCUGGAGGCGCUCACGAAGUACGCCGCCGCGAUGUCGAGCAACACGACAGAUCUCUCGGUGCUCGUGACCGCCAGCGAGGUGGACCAGGUGUACAGAAUGCACAACGACAAUCGCAUGGUCCUCACGCAGAUUCGUCUGCCCGUAAUACCGACGGUAGUCGAGAUCUUUGCCGGAGGUGAAGGCUGCGUUUUGGUACAGAGCAAUAUUAAAUAUAACGUUGCACACGCGACCGGCUCCGAAGCUUUCGAUCUCUCGGUUAGCGCCGCUCCCGCGACGUGGUUGGACGAAUGCUCGAUGCAGAAAAUUACAAUAUGUACGCGAUAUAAAAUGGCAGAUGGGGAAAGUAAUAUGGCAUUACUAGAAAUUGGCAUGGUAAGCGGAUACGUCCCGGAUCGUACGAGUCUUCAUUCUCUGUUGGAAGAUCCAGCCACGAAGGUGAAACGUGUCGAUGAUGAACGCGGUAUCGUCUCCAUUUACUUCGACAAGCUGAUCAACCAGAAGACCUGUAUAUCAUUUACGGUGACCAGAGAAAACAUUGUGGACAGACUUGAACCGGCGAAUGUAAAACUUUACGAUUACUAUCAGCAGGAGUUAACGAUAUCUAGCAAUUACAGUUUUGCGGCGACUUGCAGCAGUGCCAUUCCGAGUGAAGAAGUGGAAGAGCCUAAUCCGGUGCCGAUAGAGGUGCAGGAAAUAGGCAAGGACACCGCGAAGAAAGACACCGCGGAAAAGGAGACAGUCGAGAAAGAGUCCGAAAUUCCAAACGAUCGAAACGAAACUGUAGAGCAGAUAGUGCCACAAAGAGAAGCUGGAAGCGGCCAGACGCCAGACGAGCCGGAUAUCAAUCUGAAUCCGGUGUUCGACAGGCUCGGACCUCGCAUAGAUUUCGACGAUAUGGAGGCACCAUUCUCGACCUUAGUCAAGCAGGAUCAGGAUCCUCUCGCGACGGAUUUCGAAAAUGGAAACCCGCUCUUCGUCGUGGUCGAUCACGAACUGGCGACGCCCGAGGGCGUCGAAGGACCCGUGCCGGUUUCCGUGAAACCUGACAUAACACAUUUCGUUGAUCCGUCGACUAACGAAACCGAUCAGAAGAUAGAAAUGGAUCUUAACAACGUGCAAACAUUACCGCCUGUUGGUUCGAACGAGACCUGCCCCAUAUGCGCCGACGAGUUACCGCCGAACAUUAAUGAUCUUUAUUGCUCUGCCAGCAGCGUCGUAAAGGCGGCGAUUAGACGAUUACGAAAGGCAAGGUUCCUAUUAGAUAUGCAAUCGUCACACGAGGUCACGCGUCUGCAUACGAUGAUCGCGUUUGUCUUAAGUCCCAAUUGUUCCUGCCCGCCUUUAGAUAAUCCUGGAAGUCUAGCACUGUUGAUGCAUUUCGAGGACGGCGAGUUUGCUAAGCGCUCGCAUAAUCGAUAUGUCUUAGAUGAACAGAUUUCUAUAUACGGAUUACCACCGAUCGGUGGUGUGCCAAAAGAGAUAACGGACGCUCGAGCAACGUGUGCGAAUCGAGAUAAUAGCGCAUUUCUUAAUCUCCCUACGGCUGACUGAUCUUCGGGCGUUUCGCUGAAGAUAUAAUUAAAUACAUACAGAAAUAACACGUUAUGUAUCAUGUAUUAGCGAAACUGAAUCAAGAAAAGGACUUGAUCGCUUUCGGGCGUACAAAGAUUAAAUUAAACGCGUACACACUUGAAUUAGAAUAAGAUCUGUACGAGGCGAUUUCGACUUGAAUCAAGAAAUUCGUUGUUACAAUUUUUAUCGUUAACUUUAGCACGCCUUGUACGUAAAUUAAAAGUAAAUUUACACAGGGUAUGUAAUCAUUGUUGAACACUCAGAGCUUUCAUCGCAAAUCUUUCCUCCGCAUCUUCCUCCGCAUACAUGUCUCGACAUCACAAACUCCAUAUUAGGAGUGUAUGAGAAAAUAUAAUAUCUAAUAUAGAAUAAAGUGACAUUUUUACAGCGAAAGUUAUACUGCGUUAUAUAGUUUAAUUCUCAUAAUUGUGAAUAGCAAAUAAUUAACGAGUUAAAUAAACUGUAAAUAAAGCACAGCGAUUUAUGACAUAAUAA